AUGUCGAAACCAAGCAAGUACCUGCUUCUCUCUCUCCCAAACUCCAUCGUCCCUUCGCACCACCGCGACGAUGCGCUCGAAGCCGUCUCAACCACUGUCUCCCCAGAGACCGCCGCUCCGUUCCCGAUCCCCGAAUUCAAGAUCGGCACGCUAGAUGCCCUCGUUCAGCAAGCAGAUGAACUAGCCAAGCUCGAGGCCUCCUGCCAGAGCGUGGUGGGGAAGGUCGGCGAUGCGCUGAAGAACAUCCUCGAAGGGGACGAGGCGCAAAUCGAGCAGAUGAAGGUCGUCAAUGAUAAGCCUGUUGACCAGUACCUGCGAACUUUCCAAUGGAAUAAAGUCAAAUACAGGGCUGAUAAGCCCUUGGCGGAGCUGAUUGAUCUGCUGCAGAAGGAAGCCGCCAGUAUCGACAGCGACAUCAGGCAAAAGUACACUCAAUAUAACCAGGUCAAGAAUACGCUAUCUACACUGCAGCGGAAGCAAACCGGAAACCUCUCUACCAAGUCCCUCGCCUCGGUGGUCGACCCGAAAUCUAUCAUCCAGAACUCCGAUUACAUUGAAACCCACCUCAUCGCCGUGCCCGCACAACUAGUCAAAGACUUCCUCCAGAGCUAUGAAACGGUUGCCCCCAUGGUGGUUCCCCGGUCUGCGCAAUUGGUUGCUCAGGAUAGCGAGUUCACUCUCUACGCCGUGACUGCAUUCAAAAAGCACAACGUGGAGUUCGUGCACAAGUGUCGCGAGCAGAAGUGGAUUCCCCGUGACUUCAAGUACGUCGAGGGCGGGAAGGAGGAGGAGCGCAAGGAGGUCGAGCGCGUGGGUGGCGACGAGCGUAAGGUCUGGGGCGAGACAUUACGACUUGGGCGCACUGCGUGGAGUGAGGCUGUCAUGGUCUGGGUUCACAUCCUGGUCUUGAGGGUCUUUGUUGAGACUGUCCUGCGGUAUGGACUACCUUUGGACUUUGUCUGCGCUUUAGUCAGGACGCCCAACGCCAAGCAGGCAGACCGCGCGAAGCAGAACCUCGAAAAUAAGUUUUCUUACCUGGCUGGCAAUGCCUUUGGGCGCGACAAGAAGGGCCGCAUGCAGCGCGAUGAUCCUGGGGAGAUGCAUGCUACUGGAGAGGGCAGCGCGGAGUACACGCCCUACGUCUUUUAUGAAUUCGAGUUCAACUGA